AUGGAAGAACCUAAUCGUAUGCUGUUUUGAACGGGGAACGAUGGCUCUGGUGGCUCUGGCCUCUGAGGUCUGAGCUUGAUGAUAAUCAUUAAUCGAUAACGGCAUAAGCCAAGAAAUUCGAGAGAGUGGGGCAAUUUGGUUGUAUUUUUAUGUAAAUUGGGAUUAGGGUUUCCUCCUUAAUUAGAAUGAAGAAGAUAAGGAUGAUGGAGAUUAUGAGCAGCAUAGAGCGAAGAAUGGCAGCGGCGUGGCACAACAAGUACGUGAUAAGAAGAGCUAUAAGCACCCAAAUUCUAAUGUCUCCUCAAUCUCUCGUUUCUCUUGACCUACCUGAGAUUUGGACUGCAGCCGCAGAUAAUCUUCGCCCUCCUACUUCCCUAAACUGCUCCAAUGAGCAGGAUGCUGUUGUAAUAGACGGGAAGUUAAUUGCAGAGGACAUUAGGUCUACAAUAGCUACUGAAGUAAGGAGGAUGAAGGAAUCAAUUGGAAAAGUUCCUGGCUUGGCCGUUAUUCUGGUGGGCCAGAGAAGGGACUCCCAAACUUAUGUUCGCAACAAGAUAAAAGCUUGUGAAGAGGCUGGAAUCAAGUCUCUUUUUCACGAACUGCCUGAGGAUUGCCCAGAAGAUGCAGUUCUUAGUGUUGUAUCUAGUUUUAAUGAAGACCCAACUAUUCAUGGUAUUCUUGUGCAGCUUCCCCUACCCCAACAUUUGGAUGAGGUGAAGAUUUUGAAUGCGCUGAGUUUGGAAAAAGAUGUAGAUGGCUUCCAUCCAAUGAAUAUGGGAAAUCUUGCCAUGAGAGGAAGAGAACCAUUGUUUAUCCCUUGCACUCCAAAGGGUUGCAUUGAGUUAUUGUUCAGGUUUGGCGUGGAGAUCAUGGGGAAGAAUGCUGUGGUUAUUGGGAGAAGCAAUGUUGUUGGUUUGCCCACAUCAUUGUUAUUGCAGAGGUACCAUGCAACUGUUAGUGUUGUACAUGCUUUGACAAAUAAUCCAGAGGAGAUAACCAGUGAAGCUGAUAUUGUGGUUACAGCUGCUGGAGUGCCCAAUCUGGUCCGUAGCAAUUGGUUAAAGCCUGGUGCAGUAGUUAUUGAUGUGGGAACUUGCCCAAUUGAGGUAAAUAGGUUUGGGAGAUUGCAAACUCAUUCUGAAUUCCAGUACCAAGCUACAGAUGUAUCCCCAGCCAUCAAUUGUGCAACUAAUGCAAUGCAGAGUACCCUUUCUGAUGCCCAAGCAAAUUGGAAAAGGGAAAUAAUAAAAGAAAAUUUGCACCAUGCAGUCGUUGCUCUAGAGUCUAUAAAUUGUUACAAAUGGUGCUCGCGCAUCCAUUGCAACAGUAAGAAGAAUGGAUUAUGCUGAUUGCCAGGUAAUAUUCGAGAUAUUACAGUUGCUAUAUGAUUUUAUCCAACCACCUGUGCAAGAUGCAAUUAAAAAAAAUGGUAUAAAUGAAUUUGAUUGAAAUCAUUACACAUCAUUUAACAGGAUGUCACAGCCAACAAGGAUCCUGUCAUCCUUCCACUUCAUUUGUGGAUUGCAUUGGUUCCACUACUGGAGGUAUACAGUCCACCUUGUAGCGGACGACCUAAUAAAAUGAAGCGAUGUUAGAAGUAUGUUGAUAAUCUUGUAGUUGAUCUAACACCAACCACACAAACUCCCACUAGUCAUGUAAAGGGUGGGAGAUGGUAAUCAUAAAGAAAGCUGACAUAAACUGUCCAAAUGAAUCCUUCUAUAAGUAUAGUCCUACCUUUUUGAAAAAUGCUGAAUAUGAAUUAUCCCAAA